AUGGAGAACAACACAACCAUCUUUCAGGAUGUGACUCGCAUUGUAAACCUGACAGACAUGCCUGUGAACCCCCUCGAAGAGCAGGUCAUAACAAUAUUUCUGACGUUGUUCAUCUGUGUAGUUGGGAUUGCUGGGAAUAUCAUGGUGGUGCUGGUUGUGCUGCGCACUAAACACAUGGUGACCCCGACCAACUGUUACCUCGUCAGUCUGGCUGCUGCAGACCUCAUUGUGCUCCUGGCUGCAGGGCUGCCUAACAUCUCUGAUGUCGUCGCCUUCUGGAUAUACGGAUACACUGGAUGUUUGUGCAUAACUUAUCUGCAGUAUCUGGGAAUCAACGUGUCAUCCUGCUCCAUCACGGCCUUCACCAUUGAACGAUAUAUUGCUAUUUGUCACUCCAUUAAGGCACAAUUCAUAUGCACCGUUUCCCGGGCCAAGAGGAUCAUAGCUGGAGUCUGGGUCUUCACCUCCCUCUACUGCAUUAUGUGGUUCUUCUUAGUGGACACGGAUGAAACCGUCUACACCAAUGGGGUGGUGGUCACUUGCGGCUACCGUGUCUCCAGGAGCCUCUACAUGCCAAUCUAUUUCCUGGACUUUACUCUGUUCUACGUGAUCCCCCUCACUGUGGCCACUGUGCUGUACGGGCUCAUCGCGAGGAUUUUGUUCAUGAGCCCGCUGCCCUCCCAUCUGAACGACAGAGACGGAGGAGGCUCGGUCCACCAGGGUCACUCCAACAGCACCAACAAGGCCAACAAGGGUGCCGUCUUUGCAAGGAAACAGAUAACAAAGAUGCUGGCUGUGGUGGUGGUCCUCUUCGCCUUGCUUUGGAUGCCUUACCGAACACUGGUGGUGGUCAACUCCUUCAUCGAUCCACCCUACCACAACACGUGGUUCCUGCUCUUCUGUCGGAUGUGCAUCUACACCAACAGCGCCAUCAACCCCAUCAUUUACAACCUCAUGUCUCAGAAGUUUCGUGUCGCCUUCAAAAAGCUCUGCAAGUGCAACAGGCGACACAAAGAGAAGGCGGUAGAGUACAACGUGCCGAUGUAUUACAGCGCCAUGAAGGAUUCGUCCCAUGAGAGCAAUGAGCCUGUCACAGAGCAAGAGGACGUGAGUGGUCAAGCCACAAAGAGGUUCAACGAAACGGACGACAGCACAAGCACUUUCAGCAUUUCUUAAUAAAAGCUUUGAUGAGUUUGUUCGAUUCAUUAGGACAGAUUUGGUGUAUGAUGAAUCGUUUGUGAAAAAACUUAAUUUUAAUGUUUAAUAUUGCUGUUUCUCCGUGUCAAAAGAAAAAAGAGUUUACUGACACCAAGAUCUGUAGAUGUUCUUCUUGUUCGCGGUGACACAGGUUGUAUCUGUGGUACUUUUGUAUCAGUAUUGUAACGGUGUUGUAAAUGCAGUAUGUGAGACAGGACUUUGGUGUACUUCACACUGCUUAGUGGGACAUAACAGUGUCACAUCACGUGCGUCAGCAGCACACAAAAUUGAGUGGUAGUGAGUAUUUAGGAGAUUCACAUUCAUGUGGCAUCAGAAUAAUCAGAAAAAUUACUUCCCAACUUGGAAAAUUCAUGCGUAUGCCUCCUCAAGUUGGAACAACUUGGAAAAUCUUGAUACACGACCUGCUGACUUUGGCAUCAUAUGCACAGAAACAUGGUGGACAAAAAAAAUAUUUGGCUGGUGAUUUUUUUAUUUUUUUGUCCAAGCAGAGUCACUUAGAUCAGUAAGAAAAUAACAUGAACCCUGAAUCUGUGAAUGUCCCCAUGGUGGGACAUUAAAGGAAAUCUUAAUCUUAAUAAAGACAACACAUCUUAAUGGUGUCCAAGUUGUUUCCACAUCCCAACUUCAGAAUAACUUUGAUCCAUGUGCUCCUGUGGCCGUCUGAGGAGCACAUGAAUGCAAAAUUAGACUUACUAAUACACCCUCACGGUCAUAUGUCAACAGCCAACCAGCUUCUAUUGAUAGCUGUAGGCUCACAUGGCUUUACAUUGGAAGGUCAG